UGACGAAGGCUUGUGAAGCUGAGAAGACAAAUUGCCCUCAUCAUUAUCUCUGGGCUUGUCAAUCAAACAUAUUCCCUUAUUUACCUCGGUGAGAAGAGAGCCCCGGGAGCACACGGAGAGGGAGGGAGGGAAAGGAGAGCUGCUUGCCCCAAACUCUGCACUGGGGAGGGAGCAUUUCCAGCCCCUCGGAAUGGCCACCAUCACCUGCAAUCGCUUCACCGAGGAGUACCAGCUCUUCGAGGAACUGGGCAAGGGCGCUUUCUCCAUUGUUCGGAGAUGCGUGAAGGUGUUGGCAGGACAAGAGUAUGCGGCCAAGAUCAUCAACACCAAGAAGCUGUCUGCUCGAGAUCACCAGAAGCUGGAACGAGAAGCCCGGAUCUGCCGCCUCCUGAAGCACCCCAACAUCGUGAGGCUCCACGACAGCAUCUCCGAAGAGGGCCACCACUACCUGAUAUUUGACCUGGUCACCGGUGGGGAGCUGUUUGAGGACAUUGUGGCCAGGGAAUACUACAGCGAAGCGGAUGCCAGCCACUGCAUCCAGCAGAUCCUGGAGGCCGUCCUGCACUGCCACCAGAUGGGGGUGGUCCACCGGGACCUGAAGCCUGAGAACCUGCUGCUGGCAUCCAAGCUGAAGGGUGCCGCUGUCAAGCUGGCUGACUUCGGCCUUGCCAUCGAGGUGGAGGGGGACCAGCAAGCAUGGUUUGGUUUUGCUGGCACCCCGGGAUACCUCUCCCCUGAGGUGCUCCGGAAGGACCCCUAUGGCAAAGCCGUGGACCUGUGGGCUUGCGGUGUCAUCCUCUACAUCCUACUGGUCGGGUACCCGCCCUUUUGGGAUGAAGACCAGCACCGUCUCUACCAGCAGAUCAAGGCUGGGGCUUAUGAUUUCCCCUCCCCUGAGUGGGACACAGUCACUCCCGAAGCAAAAGAUCUCAUCAACAAGAUGUUGACCAUAAACCCAUCCAAGCGCAUCACGGCAGCGGAGGCUCUGAAGCACCCCUGGAUAUCGCACCGUGCCACCGUGGCGUCAUGCAUGCACAGACAGGAGACGGUGGAUUGUCUGAAGAAGUUCAAUGCCCGGAGGAAGCUGAAGGGAGCCAUCCUCACCACCAUGCUGGCCACCAGGAACUUCUCCGGAGGCAAAAGCGGUGGCAACAAGAAGAAUGACGGCGUGAAGAAAAGAAAGUCCAGUUCCAGCGUUCAGUUAAUGGAAUCGUCGGAGAGCACCAACACCACCAUCGAGGACGAAGACACCAAAGUACGAAAGCAAGAAAUCAUUAAAGUCACAGAGCAGCUGAUAGAAGCAAUAAGCAAUGGCGACUUUGAGUCCUACACGAAGAUGUGUGACCCUGGGAUGACUGCCUUUGAACCCGAGGCUCUGGGCAACCUCGUGGAAGGCCUGGAUUUCCACCGAUUCUACUUUGAAAACCUGUGGUCCCGGAACAGCAAGCCCGUGCACACGACGAUCCUGAACCCUCACAUCCAUCUGAUGGGAGAUGAAUCUGCCUGCAUCGCCUACAUCCGCAUCACACAGUACGUGGACGCGGGAGGGAUCCCCCGCACCGCCCAGUCUGAAGAGACUCGCAUCUGGCACCGCCGGGAUGGCAAAUGGCAAAUCGUCCACUUCCACAGAUCCGGCGCACCCUCCGUCCUACCGCAGUAAGCCCUCUGAAGCGCGGUCCUGCCCGUGUGGGGUUUGUCACUGACUGACUACCAAGGGGAGACCUCCUCCGACAUCUUCACCUACGGGACUUUGGCUGUUGGCUCUGCUGCUUGGUUCCCGCUGGAAUAACCCCUCGCUUCUCACCGCACACACUCAACGGCCCUGCCGGCGCCGUGCAAGCAUCCCAUCAAACCCCCCACCCCACCGGGGCCGUGGCACUGGGCCCCCUUCCUCUGCAUGAAUGAAGAAAAGAGAAACCAUGAACCUAAACCCGAGCAUCUGGCCAGUGAGAUGAUGUGUGCCGGGGUAAACGCCUCCCUCCUCGGCUGCAUGGAGU